AUGUUUCUCUACGGACUCACCUGGAUAUUUGGAGCUCUCACCAUCGACAAAGCAUCGCUCACCUUCCAAGUCUUAUUUGUUGUGUUCAACUCGCUCCAGGGGUUCUUUAUCUUCCUCUUCUUCUGCGUCCUCAGUCGCGACGGACGCGAGCUCUGGCUCGAGUUUCUCUCCUGUGGCCACUACAAAUCAUCUCACCUUCAUCCGUCGUCUAUUGCCACUUCGUCUGCCGAAAAAAGGCCCAACCAUUUCAUGCUGGUGUCAGACACCACCAGUGCCACUCCGGCACCUGUUCUGGAGAAGAUCAUCACAUCGGAGGCUGGCGGUGGAACAUAUGUGGUGAACUACGUCGAAUUGAGCAACAAGAGCACUGACAACGAACUUACCGUUACAACUGACAUAGACGAUGACAGGCCCACUACCAUCACAUUCAAAACUGAUGAAGUCGACAAUACUGAAAAUCAUGCAAACGACACCAGCCACCAUCACCCUACAGAGAAUGGCAGCGGCCCUCUACAGCAAAAUGGUGGUCUACACGCAACAAAUAGAGAGACAGUCGCUGAGAGUAAAGAUUCACAAGCGAGGGACGAUCAAGAUCCAGGCACCAGUGAAACUCCAGGAGACCAGCUGAAUCAUCAGAACGAUGAUGUAACCUCUGAUGAUGAUCUCUCCAUUGCCCACGUAUGA